AUGGCCGAUCGAUGUCCCGAUAUUCUGGGAACAGCAAGCAUUGCGACGCGUCAGGAUGACCUAGCCAACAAGGUCAACGCGGAGACGCGGCGAGAGAUAUUCACUAGUCUUACUUCGGAUGAUUCUGCGUGUAGGCCACCCCACGUGUGUCUCGAAAUUGAUGAGCCAGCGUCUGCCUCUGUUGGCAUUCAUUUCGACGUAGACAGUAUUACAGGCUUCCCGAGUGACCUCGCCGUGGCUAAAGAGGGUGUUCGAUGGCAUCCCACCCAAAUGCCUAUCUCCGACCUCCAGUCCAAUCUCCAUCUCGAUUCGCGCAAAGUGUCCUAUUUCGACGAAGCUGGUCGCUUACACAAGGUCCGCCGCCCAGUCCACCAGAUCCCGCACUACACUUUCGGUCGCCUCGUUGGCUUCGAAGAUAUCUCCCUCUACUUCCUCUUUCCCCAUCUCUAUCGAGAAACGCAACAGUCUAGCCGACUUCGCGAUGAAGAUUUCCGGAUAUGGAUAGACGACAUCUUGCUUCCCAUCAUUUACGAACAUUACAGCAGUUCUCACGUCCAGCACUAUCCGUCCAGUUUUGAUCACAGUCGCUAUAACGCCACUGCUCGCGGGGUAGAGCUUCGCGGCCAGCGAAUUAACGCAGUGUCGCGAGAGCAGCAGCUAGUGUAUUUUCUCCCGCCCGAAUCUCUGCCUCAAGUUUGGCAGUCGACCUUGGUAGCCGUCCAACAGCCGGGGUUCCGCCAAUUUCGCGACGUCACCAUUCUACUACAGGCCAAAAACUUGAAGAAGGGUACGGUUAAUGAGACCUAUGUCACAUCAGAUUUUUACUUCGACAUUGCCACGGAAAUAUGUCCUACCAAGGCUUCUCGUGUUGCGUCAUCGGUACCCAGGCCCAGUCCAAGGCCUGAAGGCGAAGACGGUAAAGAGGACACCGGAGCGGACUUGUGGACAACCCUGCUGUGGAAGCGGUGCUGUUUAGAGUCUCGGAGAUCCUGGAUGCAGCAGGGUCCAGCCAGAGACCCAAGCCGAAAAGAAGUGUUUUACCCUUUCUGCAUACUCCAAGACACCGGCAGUCUCACCGUGGAGUCGAGCCCCCGUUCUCGGCCGCGCGCAGCCGGUAUUCUCUUCACUCAGGACUACCCCACCGGCAUCAAGGAGCCCUUCGCCGCCGGUAAGGUAUACCCGUUCAUGAAUAAGGCGAUCGAGACUUUGGCGUUGGACAAGAGCCUGCAGCGAACGUGGGAGCUCGUUGGAGGUGGUCUCAGUCACAAUCCCACGGCACUCAUCAAAUCCUAUUUGUACACCAAGCUUCGUUAUCAUUUUGCAUUACAGGGGUCGCUCAAGAAAUCUUCUGGUAUUCGCAGUGAGCACCGUAUCUCCGGAGAACUAUUCCACGCCCUCGAUGCGCAGUUUCGCGCCCGGAGACGACACGAUCAGCCUAUCACAUUCAUACCGGGGAGGGAGGCCCCCUUCUACAGCUUCCGUACCACGGAUAUGCUGCUCGGCGGAUGUUGGCAGGACGUGCGAUUUCAGCCAGACCCCCGGCAGCUAGAUGGCCUUCGACGUGUCGAGGGUCUCGGCUUUCGGCGAACGAUGGAAGAAUUUGGCUAUGCGUGGUUUCUCGACAAGAUUGACUGGAACACUCUGACCUUUCGACAGCCUCAUGCGGCUCACAUGAUGUUCAAUAAUCCAUCGAUACAGGCGGCAUAUCAUGCCCGAUACGGCCAAGUCCGUGACGUUCGCCUCGACUUCAUUCGGAUGGAUAAAGCGCGGCAGUGGAUAAUCGAGUUCAGCGGCGUACCAGCAUGUUUGGACUUUCUUGAGAAAUACCUCCGCCAGCUUUACUUAUGUGCCUUCCGGAAAGAUGUCUUUCGUCACAUCAAGUCGGUCCUAGAUCCUGAGAAAGCGGAAGCCGCGCUGGCUGGUAAGGUGCCGCUAUACUACGCCAGCAUCAAAAAAGCUCUCAAGGAGAAGUAUCGCCCACCGAAGCUCGCUCACGGUAACCGCCUUGGGGUGAAAAGCAUGGACGUUUUAUUUUCAUAG